GCGGCGGGCAGUGCGCAUGCGCGGGCGGCGGCGCGGCGGUUUGAACUGCGGGCCGUUGAAGCCGGCGGGAGGGAAAUAGCUCUCUGAUGCUCUUCAACUGUUGGAGUUGAUCUAUUUUCUUGCCCCUUCAUAAUAAAGGAUUGGAACCCACAUGACGUAUAAGUAAAAUUCUCCGGUCUCAGCUGGGAGUCUGAAAAGAUGCAGCGCAGACAGAGUUCAGAGACCCUGAAGAAGCCACCACAAGCUCAUCAUAAAAAUCAAACUGAUCUCUCUGCGUGGCGAAAAGGAAGGAGAACUGACCCUGAAAAAAGCGUCCAGAGUCAUCAGUCUCCUAACGAUCAGGAAAAUGAUAGCGAGCAAGACUCCCUUGAGGAAGCUUUGAGUUACUUUGGGCAAGUUCAAGACCGUGUUUCAUUGAGAAAGAACAAUGUCCUGCAGAAACACCUGACUACUGUGGAAAGCGUUGCCCUGCAAAGAGGGUUACCCCCUGAAGGAUUUGAUGUAUUGUUAAAAGUGGCACUCAGUGGCAAACUCGCUGAUACAGUGAAUACUCGUUUAUUGAAGAGCCUCGUUCCAGCCUCAGUAAUACCAGAAACUUCUGUGGUUUCAGCUGUAUCUUGGCUCUGUGUCAGCAAAUGUUCAGACAACAUCCAGCUGCUUUUUUUAAGAUGGCUGAUCACAAUGUUUGACUUCAUUGAUCACAAGGAAGAACUUCACGCCCUCUAUGGUUUCUUCUUUUCCUUCUUGCAAGAUGAGAAGAUGUGCCCCUAUGUCUGCCACCUGCUCUACCUGCUGACCAGGAAAGAAAGUGUCAAGCCUUUUCGGAUUAGGAGACUGCUUGACCUCCAAGUAAAAAUGGGAAUGCAGCCUCAUCUGCAGGCUCUACUAUCACUUUACAAACUCUUCUGUCCUGAGUUGGUGACCAUAACCCUUCCAGGGAAAAUGAAGACUUACUUCAAGAAUUCAGAGGGCCCAUGGAAAGCAGCAAUCAACACAGUAAGGCGAAGAAACCAGGCAAACUCUCCAGUGUUCCAGACGCUGUUUUUAGGCACAGCUCAACCUCAGUCACGAAAAAGGAAAUGGAAUACCCAGUUGAUGAUACCCGCAAGCAGUACAAACAGAAAUGAUUUAGAAGAGGACAGAGAAAAGAACUGUGUUAAGUUGUACAGUAGGGAUGAGUCUUUUCCAGUGGAGCAACUGCAGACCUUUUCUCAGCUGCUACAAAAUAUCCACCGUCUGGAGUUUCCUUCCCAGAUGGGUUCAGUGCUAACAAACCCUUUAUUGCUUCACUAUAUGAAUUGCAUCAAAGAUGAAUCUGUUUACCUGAGGCUCUACUAUUGGAUGGGCCAGACUCUCCAGGAAGAAUGCACCUGGUGUGUGGCUGAUAAUAGCCAAUAUGAAGAAGAAUUCAAGGACUUCCUGGAAACUGUCUACAAGACAGAGUGUUUCUUGCAGGAGGGAUUCUUUUCCUGUGAAGAGUUCCUGUAUAAGAGCCUUCCUCUCUGGGAUGGUGUCUGCUGCCGAUCACAAGUCCUCAGACUUGUGAGUUGGAUCCCCCUCGGCACCUUCUCCGAAAUGAAGUCGCAUCUCUAUGAUCCCCUGGCACAGCUCUUCUUCACAUCGUCCCUUUACUUUAAGUGCAGUGUUAUUGAGAGCUUGAAAGAGCUGUUGCAGAACUGGUUAAAUUGGCACGUGAUUCACUUGGAUUCUGAGUCUGACUCUCAAGUCCAUCCUUUGAAUACCACCCUUUCAGGAUUAGUGAACACGGUGGCUGAACUGAUCCACUUUGUUGGAAGGAUCUCUACUGUUGCAUUGCGUUUGGAAAACAAUCAUCUUUUUUUGCUGUACUUCAUCCUGGAUUUCUAUGAGACCGUGUGUGACAUGUAUCUGAGGUACAAUCUGCCUUUGUUGAUAAUGCCUCCUGCUGGGGUUUUCUACCCAGCGCUUCUCAGCAUGGAUUCUGUCAACUUGAAUCAGCUCUGCUACAUCAUGUACAGGUAUCGAACCAACUUGGUGGCUGCAAAAGAAAAUGAUCUGAGUAAAAAGAAAAUGCUGCAAUUCAGGUUCAGUAGCCAGACAUACCAAGAGUACAACCAGUACCUAAUAGCUAUGGUGGGUUGUCUGUGGACAUCCAGUGCAUUCCAGAAGGAUACUCAUCCUCAGGGUCUUCGUAUGGAUGAUGAACUGCUGAAGAAAACCGCAGUGAAGGAAGUCAAAACCAGCUUUAACAUUGUCAACCACCCAGCCAUGAUGGGCUAUGCUGUCCGCUUCCUGCAGCAGGCUUGGCCAGAUGAUACCACCUUCAACUUCAGUUUAAUUAAGGGAAGGAGGUGGGACUGGUAUCUGGAAUAUCUCUAUUCGCAAGGUUUAGAGGGCCUGAAGGUCUUUAUUGAAAGCAGCAUCAGUCGCGUUUCCCAGGCCUCUCACAGUAAAGCAGAGAAUGUGCAAGUGUGACCCUGGAGCCUUUUUAUCAUCUGGAACAGGAAAGCAGAAUAUAAUGGACUGUGUCACUAAUUCUUCCUUCACUAGAGGAGAGAAACAGAGUGAUUACCCUUGUCUGUGUUUUUGUGCUGACAUCUGUUUUAGGAAAGUGAAGACAUGGAGGGAAUGCUUAGGCUGCCUUGGUUCGCUAACACUGAACUCCUCUGGUCUGGAGCUGCUGAGCUCCUUGUGUUGUGUAUCAUCCUCACUUUUUUCUCUGUUGGAGUAUCUGCUUUGAUUGAGAAACAAACGUUUUCCAUCUCAAAACUGCAAUGAGCAGUGCUGCUUCAUUUAUAAGCAAUGUUGAUCCCUGACCUGCUUUGCCUUCCUCGCCAGUAGGUAAUGAGAAACAAUUUAAUCAGCCUUUCAGGGAUACCAUACAUGUAUACUGGAUUGGAGCACUACGAGUUUCCCAGUUCCCUCUUGUGCUGUGUAUAUAGUGGCUUUUAACAUGCUGACCAAACUGACCCUCUGAACUUCGUUAUGAAGCUUCCAAAAGAGACUUCUUGCUACCAUUGCUUAUAACCUUCUUCUAACGGAGCUGGAAAAUUUGGUGCUCAGUCGAUGGUUUAUUGAUGACUUGAGCAUUUGAACAAUGUUGCCACCAGCUCACCAUUUUCUAUUGACAAGUGCAAAUGUAGCUUUCCUUUUUCUGUUUUAUAGCUCUGUAUGUGUUGUAUAUUGUACAUUUAUAUAUAUAUAAUUAUAUUCUGUAAAAUGUUUCCAACAUGCCAUUUUGAAGGAACUCUGAUACAAAAUGUGUCUCUUUCCUGUUGCUUAAUUUUAACACUGAGUAGAAGUUGGGAGAAACUGGACUCGGAUCUCCGAAAUUUCAGUGAACUUUAUUUCACUGCUGUAAACCGAGGUUGUAACCACUUGUAAGAUGGGUCAGAGUAUACUGAAUUUUGUAUUGUGAAUCUGUACUUUGAUCCAGUAGAGGGAUCAGUCCUGAGAGUGACUCCAGAGCCACUAAGGAUGUGUUCACGUUCCCUGGGUGCUGUUCGGAGUGCAUGUGGAAGGAGCAGAGCUCUGUAGCAUUCCUGUCAGACUGGAAGGUGCUGCCAGAGGCUUUGUUGCAGUUGUGAAAGGUGCCUAGGUUCCUAAGCAUGUGUGUGAUGUAUGUAAAUGUAUUUAAAGAGGCUUAGAGCGGAGUCCUUUAGGGUAUUCUGAAUACUGUAUAAUUAUUCGUCCCUGAGACUAGUGUUCCCUUGAGGUUGGUGUUUGGUUGAAAACACACAGAAUCAUGUCAUGGAAGACUGUUGUUGCAGCAUCACAGGUCUUUUAUUGUACCCUGUGUUACAAAAGUCUUUAAACAAAUUAAGUACAAUUUUGUCAUUGAAGUGCACAAGCUGGACACUUAGAGAUGCAGAAAUAAAGUAACCGGACAGAGAGCUUUCCUUUAUUGUCAGCUUUGUGGGUCGAGAUGUCCGUUUAAAAUCCUUCCCAUGCAUGUGCCUAAUGACGUGCCUCGUUUUGCUGAGCACCUGAGAUGACUUUUAACCUCUUUGUAUGCAUUGGUAGUUCUUGUCUUUCACAUCUGGACCCGUUUUUAUUUUUUUUUCUCUAAAUAUAUGACUUUACCAACAUUCUACUUGAACAGAAGAAUGGCCCUUUUAGGGAGGAAUGUGCUGCUGUAUCUCUUCCUUUCCCCUCCCUGCCCUGCUCGUUCUUUACGGUCUAAUCACUGUGGUAAAUUUUGUAGACCAUUUUCUAUUACAAACAUGUGCUCAAAGACUCGGCUGACCACAGCAUCUGCCCAGAAGACUAAAAUGGGAGAUGGUCAAGACCCAUCCAUUUCCCGGUAAGUGGCAAACCGCUGAUUUACCUCUAGUGGCCAUUUCUACCCAUUGUAAGGUGCUGUCUGUAUGUACGCGCUAUGAAACUGUAGCAGAAACAAAUGUUUUCUGGUACUAUUUGAUAGGAACAAGGCAGGAUGAAAAGUUCAUGGGAGGCUCAUGUUCAUGUUGUCAAACAGCGCCCCAGAAUAUUUAAGUUUAGGUCAGAGCUGCAGCUUCCCUCUGAGGGGAUUAUAUUCAGCAUGGUUCCCUAGAAAGGAUGCGCUUGGUCUCGUGUCAUUUGGGUCUGCUCUCGAGUGUGGUUUUUUUUCUUUUCUUUCUAGAGGAUGCUGUUUUGAGGCCCAAACUUCUAAUAUCGGCUGAUCUCGGGGAGUGCUGGUUUGUGUCCUGUCUCCCCGUGAGUAAAAGUUGCUGACUUGCUCCAGUCCCUGUCUGCCCUCCCUUCUCAGGAGGCUUCUACAUGCCUCCAUUUAAGGGUUUUGUAGUAUUCUGUAGCAUUUCUGUAGUAUUACAAGCAGGUCAGGGCAGUGGUCAUUUCUGCUUAGCCACAUCCUGCAGCUUUUCUAGUGGCCCGUUCAGCUGCUUCCAGAAAGUUGGGCCUUUCCCCUCAGAGAAAUCUCGGAGUGGGCAUCAGGCAGCCAGGAUUUCAAAGCAGAGGGCCAGAGUCCAGUCUGGGGCGAGCAGGCACAGCUCCACCCAGCUGCACCAGCUCAACAUCUGGUCCGCAGGACCAAAGCCGUUAACCCCUUCCUGGUCAGACAUGUCAGACUGAGCACAAUGCAUCUGAAAACGCCAAUGCCUGGGGCUAGAGUUAAGCCCAAUUCUUUUUCUGAAGCCAUGUUUGCUUUGUGUUUCUGUUAAUCGUGAUUUUAUUCGGUGGGGAGAGACUCCUUUGUGCAUUUUUACGCAUCAGGCUGGGUUGCCCUUCCAGAGAGAGCUUGCUCUGAAAGAGUUAAUAAUUUCAACCUGUUUUCAGCUGGAAUGAAGAAACUGGUUCCUCUGUGUCCCUGCUUUCUAUUCUCUUGUUGGCCUACUUCCCUCUGCUUGCAUUUUGCAUUCCUAAUGCCAUGAAUAAAUCAGGACCCAAGGAUUUAGAAGGUGGCACAGCUGUAGCCACUCAGAAAAUUGAACCUCUGAGGCUUGUACUGCAGCUCUAAUAACUGCCAAUAUUAUCCUGAACUCUUCGAAUAGCAUUUAACUGGGACCAAAAUAAAAUUCACUUUGCCUUUUAUAUAUAAUGCUUCAGGUUUUUUUUUUUUUGUGCCUCUACCCAGCGCCUCCUCACUUGUCUCCCUUUGUCUUUUAGUUAAAGCUCAGUUAUAAGCCCUUUAGGGCAGGGCAAUCGCCUCCCGGCUGCUGUGACAGAAUGGUUUAUCGCAAAUCUUUGCACAGAGGAGGAAAGAAGGAGGGAUCUGACCUGGCGAAGCGUUCAUCUUCCCUACCGAAUCGCAGUGAAGCUCCUGCCUGGCUGUGGUCCUAGAUCCUCCGAUAACUUGUCAUUAAUAACACACACUGGGCUGCUUUUAUUCUUUUAUUUGUAGCGCUGCGGCUCCUGAGAGAGCGUGUGAGGGAGCUCUUUACGUGUGCCUUGGUCGGAGGAUACAUCCAGUCCGGGUGAAGAACAACAGGUAUCAGUAACCAGCUUGCUCUGGAGGACGAGUAUCUUGAAAGAACAAAGUCUCCAAGUAUUUUCUCCCAGGAAAGGUGAUUUAUGUUGUACCGGAGGCUUUGCCUCAUGAUGGCUCUGCUUUUUAGAAUAAAAGUGAUGAUUUCGGUCUGAUGAUGGUUUGGUUGCACCAUACUUUGCUUUUGACUAAGAAGGUCUUUUAUGACCUUCUUAGCGCGUGGUGAGGUGGUUUUGGGCACAGGAUUCCUGAAAUCUGUAUCUAGCGGUUAGACCUGCCCAAUUAACUCCCAGGUAAUUAUAGUUGGCAAGGGAGGUGCUGAAAUACACAAAUAAUGUUCGGUAAAGUGCAU